GCGUCGUGCGGGGAUUGGAAUGCUACAAUGUAACAAUCGGAACUGGAAGCUCGAGGAUUAUAGUACUGGAAUGUUACAUUGUAUCACUCGCGUGAGAAACGCGCUUUCGGUGUAACGCGACGAACUAUUUGUUAUUUUUGUAAGUCUAGAUAUUAAAACGCAGGGUUACACAGGCGGCCAGCGUUCGUGCGUCAACAUUGAGGAUUUAUCACCCAAUAUACGUGAGAAUACAGGGAUUUGUCGGGAUUUCUUCCGUUGGGAAGUUUGUGACAGCGCGAAAAAACAUCAAGCUCCGGUCCAACUCAGCGAUUUGGUUGUAAAUUCUCCAGAUUUGAUUCCAAGAACAUUUCUUUUCAAGUAGUUUCUGAUGGUUUAUGCAAACGCAGAGUAGUUUCCAUGGACGGUAGGGUUCAGAUCUCACAUGUCAGCAGUUUAGGUCUACAUGUCUGACGUGAUCGAAGCACGCACGGGAGAGGAGAGCGGCAGAUCCAUACACGGGGUUUAGUUUAAAUCGCCCACAUGCGCUGGAUUUGGGAUUGGAAUCAGAAGGUGGAAGUUGAGAGCAUCAGAUCCCUUCAGGUGUGCGGAAGAUGCUGUCCAGCCGGAGUUGAGAUCUUUGGAUUCAUCAGCAAACGGCUCCAUCCGCCUCAAAGGACACAUGCAGGCCAAAAAACGCUAUUUAAUUCUCUUCUCAGCAGGCGUAUGUCUCGUUCUGAUUUUCUACCUGCAAGGACCGGCUUCCAGCGGGAGUCCAGACCGACGGGAUGACCCCCAUCCACGCUGGCCUCACUACUCAGACCCUACACGAGCCUUCGUUCCCUGGCACCAGACCGACACGAAAGACUAUAACGUCCGCGCAUCUCCAAGACACAAGAGAGAUGACAGCCCUGAAGUUUACAAGUGCAGGAUGGAGUCUUGCUUCGAUUUCAAGCUGUGCAAAAGGAACGGCUUUAAAGUUUACGUUUACCCUACACAUAAGGGCGAGAAGAUCUCGGAAAGUUACCAGAAUAUCUUAUCCUCCAUCGAAGGGUCCAGGUUGUACACCUCUGACCCGGGACAGGCUUGCCUCUUUGUCUUGAACUUGGACACGCUGGAUCGAGACCAGCUUUCCCCACAAUACGUUCACAACCUUCGAACUAAAAUCCAGAACUUGAACCUUUGGAACAACGGGAGGAACCAUCUCAUAUUUAACCUGUACUCCGGAACCUGGCCGGAUUAUACGGAGGAUCUGGGGUUUGAUAUCGGUCAAGCCAUGUUGGCCAAAGCCAGCAUCAGCACCGAGAACUUCAGGCCCAACUUUGACAUCUCCAUCCCCUUGUUCUCCAAAGAUCACCCCAGGACUGGAGGUGAAAGGGGGUAUUUAAAAUACAACACCAUCCCUCCCUUUAGGAAAUAUAUGUUGGUUUUCAAAGGCAAGCGCUAUCUGACUGGCAUUGGGUCUGAUACCAGGAAUGCACUGCAUCAUGUUCAUAACGCUGAAGAUGUGGUUCUGCUCACCACAUGCAAACAUGGCAAAGACUGGCAGAAGCACAAAGACGCUCGCUGCGACAGAGAUAACGCAGAAUAUGAAAAGUACGAUUAUAAAGAAAUGCUGCACAACUCCACGUUUUGUCUGGUUCCUCGAGGACGUCGUUUGGGCUCAUUCCGCUUUCUAGAGGCUCUGCAGGCUGCUUGCGUGCCCGUUAUGCUCAGUAACGGAUGGGAACUGCCCUUCUCUGAGAUCAUCGACUGGCGUACAGCAGCAGUCACUGGAGAUGAGAGGCUUCUUCUGCAGAUCCCAUCCACCGUGCGUUCUAUCCAUCAGGAUCGCAUUCUGUUUCUCCGCCAGCAGACGCAGUUCCUGUGGGAGGCCUACUUCUCUUCUGUCGAGAAAAUCGUGCUUACUACAUUGGAGAUCAUCCAGGAUCGGGUGUUACAGCACAACGGCCGCAGUACGCUCAUGUGGAACCGCCAGCCAGGCGGACUCUUCACGCAUCCGCACUAUUCCUCAUAUCUGGGAGACUUUCCCUUCUUCUACGCCACACUGGGUGUGAAACCACAGCAGAAAUUCACAGCUGUCAUUCAUGCCGUCACACCUCUUGUGUCUCAAUCUCAACCCAUUUUCAAGCUGUUGGUGGCUGUGGCCAAAUCACAGUACUGUUCUCAGAUCAUUGUCCUGUGGAACUGUGAUAAACCUUUACCAGCGAAGCACCGCUGGCCAUCUACAUCUGUCCCGGUCAUCGUAAUCGAGGGUGAAAGCAAGGUGAUGAGCAGUCGCUUCCUGCCCUAUGAUGUCAUCAAAACAGAUGCAGUCUUGAGUCUGGAUGAAGAUACGGUGCUUUCAACCACUGAGGUGGAUUUUGCCUUUACUGUUUGGCACAGUUUCCCAGAUAGGAUUGUGGGAUAUCCAGCACGAAGUCAUUUCUGGGACAUCAACAAAGAGCGAUGGGGCUACACUUCCAAGUGGACCAAUGACUACUCAAUGGUGCUUACAGGAGCAGCUUUCUACCACAGGUAUUAUAACUACUUGUUCACUCACUACCUGCCGGCCAGCUUGAAGACUAUGAUUGACCAGCUGUCUAACUGUGAAGACAUCCUCAUGAACUUCCUGGUGUCCUCUGUCACUAAGAUGCCACCUAUCAAGGUCACUCAAAAGAAACAGUACAAAGAGACGAUGAUGGUACAGACUUCACGCGCGUCACGCUGGGCGGAUCCCGACCACUUCGCCCAGCGGCAGACCUGCAUGAACACAUUUGCCAGCUGGUUUGGCACGAUGCCCCUGGUGCAUUCGCAGAUGAGACUGGAUCCCGUUCUGUUCAAAGACCAGGUGUCCAUCCUGCGCAAGAAGUACAGAGACAUCGAGAGACUCUAACCAGACUAAAUCCGCUGUCCCUCCAAACAGGGAUGAAUAACGGCACGCGGAGAGCUCCGGAACCCCGCUUCGGGUGUUUAUGGGGGAAUAUAAUCCUUCAGGAGGAGGAGAUGGAGGUGGAGGGUUGUUGUGCUUGAAAUAGUUGGAAGAAAUUAGGAUGGUGCGACAUCGUAAAUGUCCAAAAGGUCUGAAGUUUAGAUCAAGGCGGAUGGAAUUCGGCAUUUGGAUGCACAACACAAAGACCAAAAGCCACUUGUGGCAGCUUUCUGUCUUCCAAGCCCCUCCUGUAAUACCAAUGACAACGGUGACCAUGACAACCCACUCCGAGAUGGAAAGCCGCACGCACAAAUCCACACGCAGUCGGAAUGCGAAGUACCGCACAUCGGUUGACCUCCGGAACCGACCGCCGGCCUUGAGAGAUGUCGAUGCAUAUUUAUUAUGUUUGCCUUCCGUUGAUCCGGCAAGUGUUACUUCCCUUUUACUCACGCAGGGUGCCGUCCUGCCGAGAAUCUGAGCGUGCCCGUCACACGCAGAUCAAAGCGUCACAGUGCCUGAACUUUCAGAUGGAGUUCUGAGAGUUCAAAAGGGUUUUGUAUAAAUGCAAAAACACCUUGUUCAUGCUGCUUACAUUGGGAUUAGUGUAAUGUUUUUUUUAAAUUUGCCCAAAGUUGUGUUCUAUAGAAGCCUUGUUGAUGUACCAUUUUUGGUAUCAAGAUCCAAUGCCACAAACAUAUCUUGUGUUUUUAUCUGGUUUUCUCAGAGUCUUACUGGUGCAGUGACAUCUCGGCGGCCAUGUACACAGUGCUGCUUCUCUUCAUAUUUCAGAGAAUCUUCAUUACAUCUACGUAGUGUCUACAGAAACUGUGCAUAUAUUUGUUAAAGCCCCUCUAAUUUGAAGAUACAUUUGGAGACCCAUGCAUACCAAAAAAAGAAUUUCUGACUUUGUAUUUUUUCUAGUUUCAGAAGCAAAUGACCAUAGAUAUAAAGUCUUGUUUUCUGUAUUCUUUUUAAUUCUGUUAGUUGUUUAAAAAUAUCUGCCAGCAUGGUAAGAAAAUAAUCUUGAGAUAAGCUUUACCUCUUUAUAUAACGUACUUAAAUCAAGUUUAUUUUUAUUACUUCGUUGACAGACAUUUAGAUUGAACACUGUUUCAUAAAACAAAACUUAACAUCUUAGGUCUUUUUGCAAAUAAAAAGGUUAUUGCAGAUUCAUGAAUAUUGAGAAUAUUGAGACAAGUAAACACCCAUUUUGUUUCAGUGCCGUUUGUUUUCCUUAAAAUACAAGUUCAUAUUUUUUUCAAUCUCCAAUGUUUCUUUAGUCAGAAAUGACGAACAACUAAACUGUUGCUUGUGUUUGUCGUUUACUCGAGAUAGCAAACUGUUGCUUUUAUUCCACACACACAACGCUAAAUGCAGUUGUGAUCAGUUUGUUAAACAUGUUUAAAACACGGUUCAUGUCGAAGCACAAUAUACACUGUUGUUAAGAAAGUAGAUGUUACAUUAAUUAUGCAUAACGUGAACACAACAAAUCAAUGAGACGUGUGAAAAAUACAAGAUCUUCAGGUCAGAAGAGCAUCAUAUAUUCAUUCAGAGCUUCAGGAGUCUGUGACCAUGUCUCCCAUUGAUUUUCGUUUGUUAAGAACUUGAGAGUCAUUAUCUUUUCAGUUUGGAGGGAUAGAAAAGGUUUUCUCCAGUUGUAAAUAAUUCUGGCUUAAGAAAUCAAGGGCCUACUUCUGGUACACUUCCACAGCUACAUUUGUUAAACUAUCUCUGGGAAGAAAGUUUCUUCCUGACUGAACGACUCUGUUGUGUCAUUUCAUCUUUUCACAACAACAGGUUAAACCGUUAAACACUGUUAAACACAACAGGAUUCAGUGUUGUACAGUAGGUUCAGGUGGUAUGACAGUUUGUAUCAUUAUAACAGUAAGCUUAUAAUAAUGAUUUAUAAACUUUACCGCCAGGUAUGAUUUGAUGGAUCUGCCACAAAUAUAAAGAGAAGUGCAUAAAGUCAUCUGCAGUCUUGGGUUUUAAACCGAGAUGGCGAUAGAGAGACAAAAUUAGAUUUCCAUGAUAAAAAUACAGAUGUGAUCAACAUCUUUCAGAUUGUAAGACUACAUUGAUACCACCCACCUCUAUUACACAAACAUUUCCAUUUUUAUUUCACUCUUUUUUUAUCGGUUUACGUUAAAAUAUGAUUAUAUAUUAGGAAAAUAUUUGAAACUGGAUGUCACGCUUUUGCUGUUUUCUUAGUUAAGAUAUGAAUCCGACUGCAUUAAAAGAGAAAUUUGUCUUAUUUUAGUAUUCUUGAAAGCACAAUAAUGCUGGUACAGAGUUAACUGAACGUUUUCUGUCCGUCAGAAUAGAUGUGAAAUGUUGUGAAAUGACAUGAGAAAUAUCUGUAAGAGUGAAAUACAUCAGAGGAUGGAGCGGUUUUAGUCACAUAUAUCAGGAUCUGAUAAAGCUCACACGCUUGUUCUUUUGUCUCAAAUGAUUGUGCCUUUAUUUUAGACAUCUCUUAAUUAUUCUAUUAGUCUUCAAUGCAGUUUUCCUCCAGCGUGACUUCUGUUAUAUGUGGGCAUAUUUUUGUUCUUGUACGCUGAUGCAAAAUGAAUUUAGAUUUAUUUCUCAAACACUGGAUUUUGAUGACAUUGAGUAUAAAGGAAUCAGGAAAACCACACACCCUUUUAUCCGAGUUGUCGUCCUUGAUGAAAUGGUGGAAAAUAAGCCCUUAGAUGAAAUGAGGAUCAUUAUAUUCUUCUUCUAAAUGGUAACCGACAUUCCUGCGGUUUGCAAGGAACAUCAAACAUCAUGCUUUCACUUUGUAUUUGUGUUUUUCCCUCUGACGAGGACUUCAUGGUUCUGAUUUGUAGUUGAUUUCUUCGCUUCGUCCUUGGACCCUGUAAAGACAUUACUUUACAUUAUUAUGAACAAUGAAAUAAGGUUUUGAAGAGAUUACCUUUUUUAAAUAAAAAAUAUAAAUAAAUGAUA